AUGGAACGCGAACGCGCAAAACCAAACAGUACUGACCUCUAUCCGGUCAGCCCACAAGAGUUUGGACAUCAUCUUUGGAGCAACUCUAUAUAUGUGAUCUUGUUGCUUAUACGCGAUGGCCUCAUCCAUAAGGGCGAUUUGGAUCCGAUAAAUCGCCAUAUGCCCGCGUCUCAACGUCCGAUGCAAUUUAACAGGCAUUCGGAGUUCCAGGCAGGGAUCUGA